GGUUCUCCAGUGAGCGUCCGUGGGUAGAAACUGCCCCACGUUAUUCCCCUCCUCAGUACCGUCAUCGGCAGGACUCAGAGAGAGAUUCUGACGCCGUCAGGCUGAAUUUCCAGAGACUGUCUCUUGCUGGACAAGACCGUGAACGAGAAAUUCUGACUAUUUUCAGCCAGCUUGCGGAGGGGGAGACUUGUACAGUUCAUGAUCUUGCACGUAAACUUAAAACUCAAAAGAAGGAGAUCAACCGUGUUUUGUAUAAACUCUUCCGAGAAGGCAAGUUGCACAAAGGUGGAGAGACGCCGCCACUGUGGAGGAUUGCCAACCCAAGCACAGGGAGAGAAAGAAGUCCCGCUGACCACAGCGGUGGUCGUGCAGGUCCAGCUUGUGAGAGCAGAGGAAGCAAGAGGAGCGCGGUUGGUUCAGGAGACGCCGAUCCCAUGAUGGCUGAGACGAAGGACAAAAUCUGCAACUACUUGUUCAGCGUGGCAGAAACAACAGCACUCAACCUUGCCAAAAACAUUGGGUUUUCGAGGGCCAAGGAUGUUAAUGCCUUUCUUAGCGCUCUGGAAAAGCUAGGAGAUGUCCACAAGCAGAACACAAGCCCCCCGCGGUGGUCUCUGACAGACAGGAAACGCGAGCGGAUGCAGAUGAGGCUGAAGGCCAGCGCGGUAACGCAGAUGGCGGAUCCCACACCUGAGUCAGGUUUUCCACCUUCCUCUGUUCCUCCGUGUCCCCAGGAGAUGACUGUAGCUUCACCAGCAGUGACAACGUCGGAAGAAGAAAGUAUAGAAAACGGACAGCAGCCUUUGGGGCAAACUGAUCAGAGCGAUGCCAGCGACACGGAAGCAGCUCUGCCUGAGGGCACGAAACCUGAAUUCUCCAGUUUGAGUAAUUAUGAUAACUCUGAAAACGGCAAGUGGGCCACGGAUGAUAUCCCAGAUAAUCUGAACACUAUCAACAAGCAGUCCGAUGAGUUAGAAUCCAUCAUGAAUUCCCAGUCUUUCUCCAGUUACGCCGCCCAGUUUGAAACUGCUUUCCCAUGUACGCCCGUAGAGAAACUGAUGGCUUGUCAGGAGAAGAACCCAGUGAGUGGUCUUACCGAAUAUUCCCAGUACACAUACCAGCACUGUGAGUUUGCCAUGCUGGAGCAGAGCGGACCCUCUCACGAGCCACGAUUUAAGUUCCAGGCGGUGAUUAAUGGGCGCCGAUUCCCACCAGCAGAAGCAGGGAGCAAAAAACUCGCUAAACAAGAGGCAGCAGCUAACGCUAUGAAGGUCCUGAUGAGUGAAGCGGAGAAUGGAAGACAUGGUGGAAUUAAACGGGAAGAGCCGUUUCCCUCCGACAACUCUGAACCGGAAUUGGUGAAGCCAGAGUCGUCAUCUGCGCCAGCUCAUCUCAACCUGCUUCCUGGGAAGCACCCUAUCAGUGUAUUAAUGGAGUACGGACAAAAAUCGGGGAACACGAUUGAAUUCCAGCUGCUCUCUCAGGAAGGCCCACCUCAUGAUCCUAGGUUCAGCUACUGUGUGAAAAUGGGUGACCAAAUUUUCCCUGCUGUGGUAGGAAACAGCAAGAAGGGAGCAAAGCAAAUGGCAGCAGAAGUUGCUGUGAAGAUUCUUUCUGGAGAGUCUGUACCCCAAGUCUUACCUGAACAGGUACAAAGAGGUGUUGGGGAGCUCAUCAAAUACCUUAAUGUCAAUCCUGUCAGUGGCCUGCUGGAAUACGCCCGCUCCAAUGGGUUUGCCGCAGAGUUCAAACUCAUUGACCAGUCAGGACCUCCCCAUGACCCCAAGUUUGUCUAUCAGGCGAAGGUUGGAGGCCGUUGGUUCCCAGCUGUAACUGCGCACAAUAAAAAGCAGGGCAAGCAGGAGGCAGCUGACGCAGCGCUGAGAGUCCUGAUUGGGGAAACAGAGAAGAUUGAGCGCAUGGAAGGGACGAACACCACCGAGCUCCCCGUGAGUGGCAGUACCCUACACGAUCAGCUGGCUAUGCUGAGCCACCAGCGCUUCAACACCCUCACUGCUCGCAUCCAGCACAGUCUGCUUGGACGGAAGAUCCUGGCUGCCAUCAUCAUGCGGAAAGGAAACAAGGGCCUGGGAGUGGUGGUCAGCAUCGGAACGGGCAAUCGUUGCGUGAAAGGAGAAGAGCUGAGCUUGAAGGGGGAGACAGUGAAUGACUGUCAUGCAGAAAUCAUUUCUCGAAGAGGCUUUGUGAGGUUUCUCUAUAGUGAGUUGAUGAAGUAUGACCCGUCUAAUCCUUCCUCUGCAGAAGAGAGCAUUUUUGAGCCAGCGGGAGGGAAGAGACUCAAAAUAAAGAGCAGUGUUACCUUUCACCUCUACGUCAGCACAGCGCCUUGUGGAGACGGGGCGCUCUUUGAUAAAUCCUGCAGCGAUCAGGCGAGCGUCGUGGGGCAAGCCCAGCAUCAGCCUCUCUUUGAGAACCCCAAACAAGGCAAGCUGCGGACCAAGGUGGAGAACGGGGAAGGUACCAUUCCUGUGGAGUCGAGUGACAUUGUGCCCACGUGGGAUGGGAUCCAGCACGGGGAGCGGUUGCGAACCAUGUCCUGCAGCGACAAAAUCUUACGCUGGAAUAUACUCGGCUUGCAAGGGGCGUUGCUGUCACACUUCAUAGAACCAGUUUAUCUCAGCUCCGUUACACUCGGUUACUUGUACAGUCAGGGUCAUUUAACACGUGCAAUCUGCUGCCGCGUGGCAAGAGAUGGGAACGUGCUGCAGGAAAAGCUCCAGGCUCCGUAUCACGUUAACCAUCCUGAGGUUGGGCGAGUCAGCGUAUACGACUCUGCAAGGCAGACGGGCAAGACGAAGGAGUCUUCGGUGAAUUGGUGUCUUGCUGAUGAAAGCGAAGUUGAAGUCUUGGAUGGCACAAAAGGGAAAGUAGAUGGACCAAAGCUGGAGGUGUCUCGUGUUUCCAAGAGGAAAAUGUUCGCCCUGUUCCAGCAGUUAUGUGCCAAGAACAACUGCAAAGACCUGCAGAACCUCUCGGUGUACUCAGAGGCUAAGGAGGCGGCCACGGCGUACCAAGAAGCCAAGCAGCGCUUCUUCAGCACGCUGGAAGAGAUGGGCUACGGCAGCUGGAUCCGCAAACCCCAAGAGGAAGAUAAUUUCUCUUUCCCUGAUGCAUAAUGAGACGCCCUGCGUGUGGGGGGGGGUGAGUGUGCACAGGCGUGUGCGUGGGUGUGUGCGUCCUUCUUUCACCACCUUCUUUUUGAAGUGGAACCAGGAGCGUGCAGCAGUUUCCCCUGUAGGCCUGGCUGCCUUCUCUCUCUGCUCUUGUCACUCUGAGACCCUGCCCUUUCUCUUUUUAAAACGUGCAUGAAAAAUACUGUCUUUCUUUUUUAAGCUAGGGCAGGCUCAGUCCCUCUUUGCUUUUAUGUUUUCCUCUCCUCUUUUUUUAAAAGAAGGCACAAGAAACCAGAGGGAUUUUCGGACUGCGAGCUCGAAAUCUUUGGACUGCGCAUUACAGAUCCCUCUGGCAGGUUUUGAGGCAAAU